AAAACCCCAAAUGUAAAUUUUAAAUUUUAUAACAACUUAUUUAUCAACUGCAAAAAAGACAAUAACAACAAUAAAAAUUGUUGCGGUGCCGUUUUUAACGACUAUCAAAUGGUGUCGGUGUCAAGCGCGGCCUAGAAAACAAAAAGCAGUCAAAACCCCCAGUUUCCCCCUACCCAAACUUUUACCUUAAAAAAACUAUAAGCGGAUAGAAUUCGAAGCACGUUCAACAGCAGGCUGCAGAAUUACGCAAAAUAAAGCCAAGCAACAGCAACAGCAACAGCAACAACAACAGCAAACAGCUGACGUUCAAUGAACGCUGAGUAAAUGCACACACUGACUGUUAAAUGUAAGUGCACAGACAGCAGCUGGAGCUGAACUUGAAAGUGAAAGUGAAUUUUGGACCCAGACAAAAAGCAGCAAGCAGCAAGCAGCUCAAGCGCUUCAGGCAACAGAUAGAGAUAAAUAGACACAGAGACGAAGAUACGGCCAUAGAUACAGAGUUAGAGUUAAAGCUCGUGCAACAACAAACUUGUGCAGUCGCUUUUGCUGGAGUGCCUAGUGCUCAGAGCAUCAGCCAAGAUGAGUGAACAGGAUCAGGCCAACUGCAAUCCCAGCAGCUACGAGGUAAAGGUGCCCCAAGGACACACCUUUCUCGUCAGCCCCGUGACAGGGACACCCAUUCUAACCGCAGUGCCGGUGAUGAAACCGCAAACGCCACCAAUGACCCAGCUUACCGAGGAGCUGGAGGAGCUUGAGGAGCUGCCAUGCUGCAGCUCGCAGGCUAUUGUACCGCUCUCCUCGUCGCUGCCAUCGAAGCUGCUGCGUUUGCAUGCCAAACGCUCGGCGCAGGCGCUUCUGCAUCAAAUUGAAUCGUUAGACUCGCAAUUUGGCUCCGGAUCCGAGGAUACACCAACCAGUCCCAGUGCGCCACCACUCUCCCCGACACCGCCGCUGGUGUCCAUCGAUGACAAGUUGUUGGAUGUGGGUAUGGGUUCGUCUAUUGGCGACUCGGAGGAGUCCGAGGAGGAUGAUGAGCUCAAGCCGCUGGCCGUGGACAAUCACAUUAUGCACGAGCCGGAGCUGGUUGACCUGACUGAACCGGGCACGUCACCUGCUGUGCCUCUCAGUGAGGCCAAUCUGGAGAAGUUUCGUAAACAUCAGAUGGAUAACAUUUAUUUGCAUCCCAAUUUCAAUUUGGAUGCCUCACCUCCACCCGCAGUGGCGCCAGCUAAUUCGCCAGUGAUGGAAACGCGUCGCGUGCAUCGCUCAUUCCUCAGCCUAAAGAAACCCGGCGAGGAGCAGGAGGACGAGAAAGAAAGAGCACAGGUAAGAGUGGAGCCGACCGAGGAGCUGGUCAAUGAGAUCGACACACUGGAUGCAUCGCUGAUGCCCAGUGAUGAGCUCGCAGCGGAGAUUGCCGAUGCUGUAGAGUUUUACUUCUCCAAUGAGAGCAUACUGAAGGAUGCCUUCCUGCUGAAGCAUGUGCGUCGCAACAAGGAGGGCUUCGUCAGCCUCAAGCUGGUGUCGAGCUUCAAGCGUGUUCGCCAGCUCACCCGCGAGUGGAAGGUCGUCGGCAAUGCAGUGCGUCGCAAGUCAUCCAAGAUACAGCUUAACGAUCAGGGCACGAAGGUGCGUCGCUUGGAGCCGCUGCCCAGUUUCGAUGAGACGAUGCCAUCGCGGACGAUUGUCGCCUGCGAUCUGCCACUGGACAAGCUCUGCAUUGAUAAGGUCUCCGAUUUGUUCUCCAAGUGUGGCGAGAUUGCCUUGAUACGCAUCCUCAAACCAGGCAUGGCCAUUCCCGUGGAUGUGCGUCAGUUUAUGAACAAAUAUCCAGAGCUUCAGCAGAAGGAGUGCGCACUGAUUGAGUAUCUGGAAUCAUCGUCGGCACGCGACGCCCUUCAUUUGGGUGGACCAUUUCAGGUGUACGAGAUGGUCGCGCCCAAGAAGAAAACGGGCAAAAAGGCAGCCGUCAUUCAGCUGGCAGCGCCAGUUGCUCGUAUGGUGGAGAACUAUCGCUACUACAAUGAGGCCAACUGUGAGAGGACACGUGGUGGCAGCUUCUCUGGCUUACCCAGCCAUGAGCCGUUGCAUGAUCUACGCUUUAAGCUCAAGCGCAACAACUCGGACUUUCAACCGAACUACUAUCAACAUCAGCAACAGCAGCAGCUUCAGCAACAGCAGCAGCAGCAGCAGUUGCAUCAUCAUCAUGGCUAUCAUGGCUAUCAGCACUAUCAGCCACGUGGCAGCAUUGCAAUGGAGCAACACCAGCAGCAGCAGCAGCAUUCACCAACUGGUGUGGGUUUUUUCGGUUAUGCGCCCAGGCGAUACAGCAAUACGUCCACAAUCUCUGCCAACACGGCAGCUGCUUUAGGCGAGCCCUUAACGCCGCCUGCCGCUGUCGCAGCAAGCAACAACAGCAGCAACAAUGCUAAUCCUAGCCCAGUGCAGCCGGUGAGCAGUCUGCAGCGUCGCCUGUCCAACUGCUCGGAGCAGAACUAUGGUCCAGAUGCAGCGCCUCUCUCGAUGUCGCGUCGGGCGAGCAACUGCUCGGAAACUGGUGCACCACAGCGUCGCGACUCCAACUGCUCGGAGAGCUGUCCGUGCUCGCGCCGCGUCUCUGACUUUGGCCAGUCGGAGGCAUAUCGCAAGAGCUCUGUCUGCUCUAAUGGCAGCUGCCAGGGGAAUGGUGAGAGACGCUACUCUAACGGCUCCAUGCAGUUCGAGCGUAGCUUUUCCAAUGCUAGCGAUGGCAAUGGUUUCUAUCGGCGCGCUUCCAAUGACUUAAAUGUCGAGCGCGAACGUGAGCCCGAUCAGCUGGUGGGCGGCGGUGGCGGCGGCUAUCAGGUGUGGCCAAGACGCUACUCCAACAACUUCCAACAGGUGAGCAGCAAGCUGGCCGCCUACGAUAAUGCCCAGUAUAUUGGUGGACGUCGCAUCUCCACGGACUCGGGCUAUGAUCGACGAUGCUCGUUUGGCUCGGAGUUUGAGGGAUCGCCACGAUCCCGCACUGGCAGCUUCCUCAGCAGCUACAAACAUGGCGGCCCAGGCAGCGACUAUGAUGGACAGCCUCGUUCGCGCACCGGCAGCUUCCUGGAUGGUUCGCCGCGUUCCCGUUCCGGCUCCUUUGCUCAGCGCACCGCUGAGAGUCUAGUACGCACGCCCAUUGGCCCCGAUGGCAGUAAGGGGUUUGGGCAGCGCGCCCGUAAGUUCGGCCAGACCAUAUCGCCAGUCAACUAGGCAUGAGUCCAAUGGAAUUGUUAACUAAUUUUAGUGGGUAACUUUUGUUAAACUUUUUGUUUAUAUUUUUUAAUUGUGAAAAUAAUGGCUGUACUCUGUGAUUCUGUCCACCUGUCCACAAACCACAACCAGAACCAGAACCAGAACCACACCAAUGCCUAAGGCCACGCCCAUGCCUAUGCCCACGCCCCUUAGCCCUGCCAGGCAUAAGCAAUGUUGUAGAUGUAAAAAAAAUAAGUUAACGAAUUUUUAAUUUAGAAAUUUUACUAAUUUAAUUUUUGAAUGAAGAGAAUGUGGCAUUUCUCUUGCAAUUGCCCCACUGUGCGACUAUUUAUUCCUGAUCUUAAGCCUUUUACAAUGGAAUAUUAGAUAAAAAGCAACACUGCCAGUAAAUAGUUUUAGCUUUUUUCAGUUUAAUAAGUUUCAAAUUCAAAUCUCCUACUAUGGAAAAAGAUCAAUCGGAAUUGAAAGGAAGUAAAAAAAGAACAAGUAAAACGAAAUUAGAUUUAGACAUAACUUUAAUGAAUUUACACAGUAAAAAAUGAAAAAGAAAGAAGUUAGGAUCCCAAAAUAGGGACUUUAUAAAGUCAAUUAAUGCUUAUAAGUUAUUUAAACGUCUCAAUGUCAAUGAUUUUAAAGCAAAUAUGAUGAAGAAACUUCAAUAUUUCAAAAAUGUGUACGAUAACAUAUAUAAGUUGUAUGCCAUAAAAAUAAUAGCCAGCAAGGUUAUUUCCCAAAUGGGCUAAUAAAAUAAGUUUACAGUUACAUCUGCAAGUAAUUGCAAAAGAUGAAUGCUGCAAAAAGAAUAUUCAACUUAAUUAGACUCUCAGGUUUGUAGAUUAAACAGAAAUGCCACAUUGUCUUCUACAACAAUAACUAUUUUUUUCAUUUUUAU